UUUGGCUCCUCUCAGCCACCGUAUACUCAAAAAAAAAAAAAAAAAAAAAAGAAUAAUCAAUUCAACAUGGCGCUGCCCAGGGUGUGCGCUACUACCCUUCGGAGUAGGCCAGAUUUAGGAGUCAGUAAUGCCAGGGCAUUUGUCACAACAGCGUUCCUCUGCAGACGGGUCCCUCCAUUAGGUCCAAUGCCAAAUGAGGAUAUUGAUGUUAAAAACCUGGAGUCGUUGGAGAAGUAUCGCAGCUACACGCGUUACUUAAAACAUGCCGAGGAGGCGAGGAACAAACCCGCCUGGUGGAAGACCUAUAGGAGCUACGUUGAAACGUCUGAUCCACUGUAUGGUCAGAAGGAGUGGGUGAACAUCGGUCUGCCGUACUAUCAACCCAAGAGGAGCAGAGUAGUGAAGGAGAGAAGGGAGGUGGUGAAGAACAACAAGAAGAAUGCUGAGCUGGAAAGGGCUUGUCGUCUUCGCACUUUUAAGAUCCCCCUGGAUCGAGUACAUGAAGCCUGGAUGAAAAGCGGGGGUCCUUUUCAAGUAAAGAGACUGGCAGUCCACUACGGUAUCUUCAGGGAUCUUUUCCCCAUGGCCUACUUUGUACCUCAGGUGUCGCUUCGUAUUUGCUACUGCCAGGACAGCAGUGGCCAGGUGCAUUAUGGCAAUCGACUGACACCAACGGAUGCAGCAGCUGCUCCUCAGGUCAGUUUCGAAGCAGAAGAAGGCUCCUUGUGGACACUUAUGCUUACCUCUCCAGAUGAGCAUCUUCUUGAUAAUGAAGCUGAAUACAUCCACUGGCUAGUAGGGAACAUACCAGGUGGAGUGGUGCAGGCUGGAGAGGAGCUGUGUCACUACCUGCCCCCCUUCCCUGCCAGAGGGACGGGCUUCCACCGCUACAUUUAUGUCCUAUUCAAGCAGGAGGGAGUCAUCAACUUCCGGGAUGAUGUCAGGCCAUCACCAUGCCAUUCCCUUGCCGACCGCACGUUUAAGACAGUGGAUUUCUACAGAAAGCACCAGGACAACAUGACACCUGCAGGACUGUCUUUCUUCCAAUGCCAGUGGGAUGAAUCCGUCACCAACACCUUUCACAGCACACUCAACAUGAAGGAGCCCGUGUUUGAGUUCAUCCGGCCUCCAGUGUAUCACCCCCCACAGGUCAAAUACCCUCAUCGACAACCUUUGCGUUACCUAGACCGAUACAGAGACGGAAAGGAACACACCUACGGAAUAUACUGAAUCUGAGACACAUGGUGGGAGUAGAGGGAAUUCCUUAAACACAUGUGGAUGUUAUGUUUUCCUAUUAUAUUGCAAAAAUAAAGCAUUUUCACCUGUGUUUGUGGUUUUGUCCAGUUUGCUAUGUAUAAUUCUUUAUGUUUGAAAUAACAAGAUCCAGGCUUGUAUUUACUGAGUUGCCAUGAUAAAACAUUGAACUUCAAAAUUUAGAAGGUUAAUUUGGAUAUAUAAGAAUCUACAAUUCAUCAUUCACUUAAUUUGUCCUCAUCCUUAACCCUAAUCUGUUCAUAUAUUGGAUCAUUGCUUUAUAGUAAAACCAACUCAAGGUGCUGCAUUUAUGUCCAUAUUUGCUAAUGUGAGCUUGGCCAAGACUUGUUGAACCUUGGACUAAAGUACAAUAAUUAUAGGACUACAUUUCUGACUAGCUUGUAAUCAUUAGUGUGUUUUUAAUUUAAAGCUUUAAUUUUAGUUAUUUAGCUUUAAAAUGGGUGCAAAUCACCCAAACCAUAGCCUCAUAUUAUGAUCCCACGUAAAACUAAAGUUGAUUAGACAGUACAAACUCCUGACAAGUCAGUUGUUGAGCUCAGUAAGAUUCUUUUCAUCCGGUUAAAUUAUAUCUAAUUAAAUUUUUUUGCUUUGAAAGGGGUUCAACAAUUGAUAACGUCCACCUUUUCCAUCCCAUAACCUAAGCGUCCUGUUCUUGCCCUAAAUGCUCUACUGAAUUCACUUCACCACAGCAGCAGGGGACACAGAUGUUGGCAAUCGGAGUGGAUGUCACAAAACAAGGGAUACGUAUAUAUCCACAUAUGCUGGUUGAAGUUAUCCAUACAAAAGUUGGAUCAAUUUAAUCUAAUACCAGCAAAGUUACCAAAACGAUUUAUUCUGGUUGCUGCUGUUGUGAUAUAAUGCCUAUUCUGGCUUUAUUUUGCCUCCAGAGCCAGUUAGAGGUGAUUACCAGCAGCUGUGUCGCCUUCAUGAACGCCUGUACUUAAACCUCCUGCUGCAGCACUGGCCCAGUGUUCAGUUGGUGUCUGGAGCGAUGGGAUCUGCAGGUGUCCUGGUUCUUUGUGUGUUGGCUGUGUGGUUCUCCAAAGGUUUCUCUGUGCCUCUUGGUGAAACAAGUCAAACCCAUGACAAUGAGUUCAGUAGCAUUGACUCUGUUAAAGCACUACUUGAAACUCUGGAAUCCAGGUUGAAUCAUCAGUCCAACAUACAGCUAGCGGCGCUGAUGUCCACUGAAGGCUCUGGCAGCUUGGACACGACUCAGUCUCCUGACUUCUCAACCAGUUCCCACUUGGUUCAAUGACAAAUGGCUGCAGCAAGUAAAGCCUCCAUCCUGGGCCCUCCAACGACCAGGAACCAGCAGGAUCCAAGAUGGUCACGUUGGGAUGUUUUAAACUGACUGGGUCACAGGUCUAGCAAGAUGUCUGAUGUCUGCCAAGCUUUGAAUAAAACUCUAAAAUGA